ACAUGUGCUUUAACUUUGAAACUGUGAUUGUGUUGUGCCUUGAUUAAAAUAAAUAUUAACUAAAUAUUAUAAUAAUAUAUAUUUCAAUUAAGUGGUUGGUGUUUUUAAAGAGGAUUAAAUUAUUAUUCAUUUUUGUGCAUUGGCCGAAGAACUGGUAUUCGUGUGAGGAAUUAUAUUUCCCCAAGAUGAACCAUUCCACUUUUCUUCACCAUUUCGGUCAUAUUUCCGAUAAAUUUCUCAUAAUUAAUAGUCCGCGUGUUAUAAUAUAGUGAACUCGAUAAAAAAAUAGUUUGUGUUUGUGAAUUUCGAAAGAACUAUUAAUUUGGCAAGAUGACGAAUAUGAGCAGGAUACGAGUUGUGGUGCUGGGAUCGGCCAGAGUUGGAAAGUCAGCUGUCACAGUGAGAUACCUGACACGGAGGUACAUAGGAGAAUAUAGUUCAACAAAUGAUUUGCUGUAUCGGCAUAACGUCACGUUUGACAACGUGACCACAGAAGUUGAGAUUCUCGACACGUCCAAAUGUGUGGCCACAGGUUGUCUGUAUGAGCACAUUCGAUGGGGCGAUGCCUUCGUGGUGGUGUAUUCUGUUUGCGACAGUGUCAGUUUUGCAGAAGCCAGAGAUCUUCUAGCACAACUUGCCAAGUUGAAAUUGCCGAACUACUACACAGCACUUUUAUUGGGAAACAAGAGAGAUCUAGAUCAUUCCAGGCAAAUCUGCGUAGACGAUGGCCACGAGCUUUCGCUGCGCUACGGCUGCCAGUUCUACGAGGUGAGCGCCGCCGAGAACUUCGCCGGAGUCUCUCUCGCCUUUCAGUCGCUGCUGCGAGAGGCCAGAUCGGUCCAGCUGCUAAGAGCUCUGCCCAUCAGGCGCAAACUUGGAGUUAACAGCGUCAGCAAGGUCCUAGGCAAUAUUUUUGGAAAAAACAGCAAAGGCGACAGGAAAAAAAGGCCUUCACUUAGUAUUUAGAAAUACGGCCAUACCUGAUAUUUAUUAGAACUUACAUCGAAGAAAAGAUUAAAGAAGAC